GCUGGGGCGGCAGGCUCUGGGCUGGCGGUGCUGCAUGGGCUGGGGGGGCACUGUGGACUCUGCAUUUCUGCCCUGCCCUGGAGCCAGCAGUGUGUGUCAGCAGCUUUGGCUCUAUAUUGAUCAGAAACAGGAACGCAUCACCUCUUUGAAGUGCUGUUCACACUGUCCUGGGGCUCCUGGUGGGCUGCCUUUGCUUUAGGAGAGAGGCUGGGAAAUGGAGGGUACAAAGCCCAGCGAGGUUCGCUUUAGAGGCUGCCUGUAAUUUUACCCACCCCGAGCCCUGGGUGCAGGGUGUCGUGUGACAGAGCGUUUGGGAGCACGGAAGGACACAGCCUGGAGAGUCGCUCCCAGGGAUUUUAGCAGUUUCUUUCCUCACCUCUGUCGUCCCCCGGCGCUGGGUGCCCAGGGCAGUGGCAGAGUUGAGACCUGUGCCCAUAGGUGCUCCCAGGACACGUGCCUAUCGCGUGCUGGCUGCUGGCGAGGACCCUCCGGCUGCGGUACGGUCCUGCCAUACCAAGCAGCACAGCAAAGCCCAGGCUGGGGCUGCCCUGGCGCUGCAGAGCCUGGGGGAGCUCCUGGGGGCACCCCAGCCCUCUGCAGAGCCCUGGGGCACCCCGAGGGUGCAGCACCAAGCCACAGCACCCAACGGCAGGCACAGAGGGCAUAGUGCCAGGGCUGCCGGGCGCUUGAGCCAGUGCUUCUCUGCAGGGACCCCUCCAACCAGGCCUGCUGGGCUGUGAAGGGUCCUCCUGGGACAGGCAGGCUCCUGGAUCUUCUCUCCCUCCCCCUACAAGGUUUUCUUGCAAGCAUCUAAGGGGGUGGGCUGCGAUGGGGCAGCAAGGCUGGGACACCGGCUCGGGCCUGGACCCUUCUUCCUUCCUUGGGUGCUGCGACUCGUCCCCCAUGUACCAGCUCUCCCCAUCCCUGCCCCCCAGCACCCUGUGGGGAGCCCUCCCUGUGCUGGGGCUGGAGGGAGGAUGCUCGCCUCAGCUGCCAGCGUGAGGAGGGAGCCAUCUCCAGGGGCUCGGCCAUACCUGGAGGGCACCCCUCUGCCUCCAGAGAGCUGGCCUCAGGAUGCUGCUGGUUCGCACCUCGCAGCAAGACCUGUGGCUCGAAACAGCCAUGUCUGCAACUUGGAAAAGCCUCUUUUCCCUGGCUGCAGAGCCUGGCCCCUUUCCUGCCCUGCUUGCAGACGGAGUGGAUUAGCCAGCGGAGCAGCCUUGACAUGCAUCCAGCUUGGCCACAGGGCUGGACACAAGAGCACCUCAGGAAGAAGGUUUGAGAGCAAAGAGCAGCAGCCAAAGGGCAGAGCACCCACAGGACUGGGCAUGGAGGUCAUGGCUCCUGCCACCAUCAAUGCCUUGAAUGGCUCCUCCGUGAAGCUCUCCUGCACCUUCAACUCCUGCUACAAGGUGGAGAACAAGCAGUUCUCCCUCAACUGGACGUACCAGGAGUGCAGUAACUGCUCCGAGGAGCUGUUCCUGCAGUUCCGGAUGAAGAUCAUGAAUAAGCAGCUGGACCGCUUUGGGAACCGGGUGGAGUUCACGGGGAACCCCACCAAGUACGAUGUGUCCUUCACCCUCAAAAAUGUGCAGCUGGAGGACGAGGGCACCUACAAUUGCUAUGUCCUGAACCCCCCGGACCGGCAGCGGGGCCACGCCAGCAUCAGCCUGAAGGUGCUCACCAAAGAGCCCCCAAAGCACGACUCAACGGUGGCUGUCAUCGUGGGCGCCUCUGUAGGAGGCUUCUUGGCCGUGGUGAUCCUGGUGCUGAUGGUGGUGAAAUGCGUGCGCCGGAAAAAGCAGCAGAGGCUGAACACGGAUGACCAGAAGACGGAGGAGGAAGGGAAGACAGAUGGCGAAGGCAACCCGGAUGAGGGCACCAAGUAACGGCCCCCUGCCCACCCCUCCCUCUUCACCCCUGUACAGCGUGACCCCCUUGAUGUGCUUCCCAGAGCGAGGAUUUCUGUCUCCCCAGAGCAUCCCUCCUUCCAUCUAAAUACCCAAGCCAGCCUGGAGCAGGGCGCGGAGAGAAGGUGGUCCCCGGAGCCUGGCCGCCCCGGGCAGGGCUGGGGGGGUGGCUGAAGUGCACCGAGGCUGCCCCUGGGGCUGAGCUGGGACCGGCUUGUCCCCUGCUCCCGCUGGGCACGCUGAGAGCCAGAGCACUGUGAGGGACCAUGGAGGGGUGUUGGGGACGGGGUGGAACUGGAAAGGGGGGACGAGCGCGGUCCCCAUGCACAGAGGGGCUGGAGCAGGGGGUGCCAGGAGGGGCAGAGUGGGGCUGGGCAGCCCCAUGCCCAGAUAUCUGCACCCUGUCCCACUAGAAUAAGAGAGCAGGGGCCAGCGGCCAGCAGCCAUCUGCCCUGAGGGCCACGUCUCACCCCCGAGGCGCCUCUGCUGUGCCCGGGGCACGGACACUGGUGUACCCGUCCCCGAGGGAUCCCCCAUAGCUGCCCGUCUCCUCCUUGCAAGCCCUGUGUGCCAGCACUGAGGGUGCUGUGACAAGAAGUUUGUGCUCCUUAGGGACUGUCCCAGUCUGCUCAGAAGCUGGUGGCCGGGUAAAUACCAUGAGCCCACGUGCUGUCUCUGAGCUUUGCUGGUUUCUGGAGCCGCUAAUGGCUCCUGGUGUGUAAUGGAUGUACCCUUCUGCCUCUUGGGCUAUUUUUGGGCCUGAGCAUCUCAAGCAAAGGUGCUGGGCUGACUUUUUUGUGCUUUUUUCCUUCUUGGGAAGGGUAAUUCUAAUGGAAAAUGUUCUGCUGAUGUGCCAAACCGAGGUGGUGGGGAGCAGCUGCUAGGGACAAAGAGCUGCUGGGAGGAAGCGGAGUUUUGGGGCGCUUGCUGGGAAGGACUGGGCCCAACCGCAGGCCCAGAGGCAGGACAGCUCUGUCACACCCCCCCGCGCAACCCUGCGAUGCCGAGGCUGCCUCCUCCAGCCUCCCUGCAGAGCACUGCACAAUCCGUAACCGCCACGGCAAUGCGCUGCCAGCCCGCCCGGCCGCGGCCCUGCAGUGCCGGCUGCCGCCCGCCUCAGCCCCCUCCACGGUCCGGCGCCUGCCCCGCUUGCAGCAGCUCCCCCGGCGCACCCCGGGAGCUGCCCCGCGCGCUCUGCGCUCCCCUCCGAGCAGCGGCCCGGGCAGCUCGGGGGGGCAAGGGCAGGCGCGAGCGAGCGGUCAUCGCGCCUGGUCCCACCCUGCCGCAGGGCAGGGGUGCAGAGAGCCCCAGGGAUCGGGGCCGGCGGUUCUGCCUGUCUCGGGCUUGCCGCCUGGCCUUGGGCAAGCCCCUUGCCUCCUGCGCCAGGCUGGUGGGUGAGCUGUGCCUGGCUGCAGUGCGGGGAGCUCGCCCCGGGGCCUCUUCUGGGUCAGACUGGGAAAAUGACCCGGGGAAGUGUCCCCUGCCACACCGUGCCCGGGCUUUUCUUCUCCCGUGGCAGGCAGGACGUGGGGCAGGAGAGGGGCCAUGCACGGAGCCCCUGAGGCACUGCCCAGGUGACAGCGGUCCCCUGUCACCACGAGCAGCACUGCCAGGGGAGCAGGGAGACCUUUGCCACAGCACCCGCCGCCCAGCGCUGCCGCGUCCCUGCGUGGGUCCCGUCCUGGCCAUGCCGCCAGGCCCCGGGGAUGAAGGGAUGGCCGUGUGCUCCCUGCUCUGCCCCCAUCGCUUUCUGCCCCGGCCCCGUGUGCCCUCUCCACCCCGCUCCACCUCGCUGGGCUCCGCGCCGCUCCCCUUCCCCUCUGCAGCAGGAAUGCGCCGUGUCUGCCGUGCGGCUUCCCCCUCUUCCCACCGGCUUGGCUGCGCGGGGAGGGCUGGGCUGAGGCUGCCUGCCCCCGCGCACCCCCACGCCGGACGGCUUUGCCCGGGCAGUGCCGGUGGGGAGCCGGCCGCAAGGCUGGUUCCCCGGGGCCGCUGCUGCUCGAGGCUGGGCUGCGUGCGGCUCCACGCGGGACUGAGCUGGCAACUCCGCGGCCAGAGGCCUCCGACUGCUGCACAAGAGCAGCCUUGCAUCUGCCUUUCAUUUCUUUCAUGCACUAUCCUUGGAUUGCAACUUGCCAAUGCAUCUGUAUGUACAUAGCUGUACACAACAGAGAGAAUCUCUAAAAAUAUAUAUAUACACACAGGA